GCCAGUUCAGCUACCAAGGUUGUCUUGGCGGAUGGUUUUGGCUUGGACGCAUCCCUGGGCUUUGCUGACCAAGAGGAAGAGCGUUGGCCUGAGGAUGAUGAUGAUGAAGAUAAAGGCCAGCCCUUUGAUGGGCCUGAAGAGUUGAAAAGUAGUUUCGCUUCCGCCUCAGAGGGCAUUGAUGAAAACACAGAGGUGUCUCGUGCUGAAUGGGCCACUGCCAUGUUGAGCGUGGGCAUCCCUCGCGCGGCUGCCCUGGCAAGUUUCGAUGCUGUCCUGGAAGAACUGGGCGGCGGUGAGGUAAAAGUCAAAGACCUGGCUGCUGAGCUCAAUGGCAUGGGUGGCUCAGCAGGCGUUGGCGAGCUUCGUGAUCCAGUUGGGAAGGUGAAACAGGGUCAGGUGGAGCUCAUAGAUCUUGAGACACCAGCAGAGGAGGUAGAAUUUGAGCGAGAUUUAGCCAAGAGAACAGGCAUUGAUGGCUUGAUCUUUGACCUGAUGUAUAACGACAGACCUUUGGAAGAAGCUGCAGAGUUCUUUCCAAAAGCGAAGCUCUCCGAGCUUGAGAGAAAGGUGCUUGGUGAGAUGAGUGAAGAAGACUUGGUGAAGGCCGUGGCAAAGGGCUUUGAGUCCUCAGAGACCUUGAGCGCUGUGGCAUCAUGGCAGAGGGCCCGUGAGAAUUGCCAGCGUGAGAUUCAAGAGAUCAUCGACCGAUGCAAGAGUGAAGGCACGCAAUUCAUCGAUGACUCCUUCAACCCGUUGGAAAAUGAAUCAACGGUGUUGUAUGUGGACAAGAAAAAACCCGGCUAUGAUUGCACGGUAGACAAGCCGCAUGGCUGGAAAAGACCAGCAGAUCUAUACCAUUGGACAAAAGAAGGUUCUGUUGUCGCGCAGGAUGGUGCUCAGUGGUCAGAUGUCAAGCAGGGCUCCAUCGGGGACUGUUUUGCCGUUGCAGCCUUCGCAGCGAUGGCAGCCUGCCGGAAGUCUUUCUUGCGGCAGGCUUUGGUCGCAUAUGACAUGGAGGUCGGUGUUUAUGGUGUGAUGUUCUGCGAGGAGAUGCAUUUCACCUAUGAGAUUUUGGAUACUCUGUUUGGAGUAAAAGACGGCGGCACCCUGGCAUAUGCGAGGUCUCCUAACUGGGGAGGUGAGCUUUGGGUAUCAAUGAUUGAAAAGGCCUAUUUCAAACACAUGACGUGCCUCGAGAUGUGUGAUGGAGGAACAACUGCAGAGACCGUUUUCUCCUUCCUUGGCGGUGUGUGGGGAGUCUAUCCAAUCACAGAUACGGAUUUUAGCCAUCCAAGCAGGUAUUGGAAGAAAAUCAACACAGGACUUGAGAAUGGUGAGAUUAUGACGAGCGGGUUCCAUAAGCCCAGCAAGGGCAAGUACGCGCAUGGAGAGAGCGGACCAGAUGGCCAGUGUGGUGAGCAUGGUGCUGGAAUGGGCCUCGUAGAAGGUCACGCCUACUCGGUGCUGCGAUCAGGCGAAGUAGACGGUCACAAGUUGAUUUGCUUUCGAAAUCCCUGGGCACACAGAGAAUGGACAGGGCCCUGGUCUGAUGACUCAAGUAAGUGGACCGAUGAGCGGAAAGAGAAAUUGGGUCACAAGAAAUCGAACGACGGCGCCUUUUGGAUGGAAGAUGAGGAUUGUGUUCAGGUCCUGAAAAGGAUCCGCUUCAACCGGACUUUUGGGCCAACUUGGCAGUGCUGUGCUCAGUAUGGACAUUUUGGCAAAGCGCCACCCUACACGGCAAUGGCCAAGAAUAGCUACCGUGCCUGUGAGGAUGAUGAGAUCAGUUUCAAGCGCGGAGAUGUCAUUGAGGUCACAAAAGUUACGGGAGAGACAUGGCUCGUGGGAGUUCACAAGGAAACAGGGAAUAAGGGAUACUUCCGAAAGAAGGAUGUGGAUCUGAGAUGUGAAGAUACCUUCAAGUACGAGCUUACGGUAUCCAAUGUCUCCCCAGAUGCUCGCAUCAUUGUCGGUGUGUUUCGCCAGAACCAGAAGAAGAUGAGGGAGUGGUACAAGCGCAGGGAUGGCAUGCACUACAAAGAUACCGACUAUCCGACGGCAUACUUGCACAUCUAUGACGCAUCCGGCAAAAGGCUUGUCAAGCACAAACUUACGGACGACGACCGAUGUGGAUGGAAAUACUUGAAACCUUCAAGGGGGCCUUUCACCAUGUACAUCGCUUGCAAAUCCACCCAACACAAGCGCUUUGCCCUCUAUGCAUUUGCUCCUCAUGGGCAAUUGCGGUGGAAGCAGCUCGAGUGCGACCGUGGGAUCUUUGCGUCGGAGGUGGGAGGAGCAGGAGGCGCGGUGCACGAAAUUCGAGAGUUUAUCUAUGAUCAAACCCACACCGUCCUCAAUGAGUACUUCCACCUGGGCAAGGAGCUUUUGAGUGGAAAUCCCGAAAUUGCUGGAAAAAUCAUGGCAGUGGCCUCUACCGUUGGAGAGAUCAUCGACGCUGAGGGAAUCCGUGAUGUAGCUGAAGAUGCGGCCGAUCAGGUCAGGACAUUGAUGAAUUCUGACGAAGUUCAAAACGUGACAAGUCAGGUUGGUGAUCAGGCUCAGGAGCUUGCCAAUCAGGUUGGCAACUUGAUGAACAGGGCUUCCUCGUGGUUUGGUUGAAUGAAACGCACGGACCGAGACGUUCUUAAUUACAAUUAUGUCCAGUUUCCAAAGGAAAUUGUGAGCGUAUCACCUUAUGUUUUCUCUGAUCACGGGCAAGAAAGCUCGAUUCAGAAAAGCGCAAGCCGAGUAAAAUUGUUGCACAUUUGCAGCUUCAAGCUCUUCCUGUUCGAACGACACACCGUCACCUGCUUUUCAUCUUUGUGAACACGUGCUUGUUAACCACUCACAUGGAUUAUUUGUGAACGCGCUCAAGCAAGAGCUGUGGUGGGACACCUCCAUUUCUCGCUCAGUGAACAAGGCGACCCAGGCGACCCAGGCGACCCAGGCGAUGGCAUUUGUGUCUCUCCAAUCGGACUUCCGUGAUCCCAAGAGCCACUUGACCCAUUUCUGCCAUCGGUACUGCCAAAGACCCAUCGUUCAUGGCGAUGUGGAGUACUUCACAUAUGAGUCUCUGAACUGCAAGUUGCUCGCACAUUUUUUGGUUUCCAAUGCUUUUACUUUGUUCGAGAUUCAUUUUCUCGUGUCUCAGCCCACAUUUGUCCAAGACCCGUUUACAAGGUAGCAAUUGACUGCCGUCAGAUCCCGACCCAUGCUCAUCACUUUCGUGCCAACUCACUGAGCAUGGCAGUUUCACAGCUGCCUGUUGCUCUGAGCUAUGAAAUUUCUCCACGUGAUUGAUCCGAGGUUGAGCGAGCAGCACCACAGCUGCAACAGAUCAGGUUACUCAUAUUUAGUGCAGACAGAGGAACCUGGAGAAUAAGCCUUCAAUUGCGUGCAGCGCAGCCAUGAUAUAUGUGAUAUGAGCACGGUCCAGAUGAACCAAACUGUGCAAGCAUGUACCCAAUCACAUGUGCUCCAAACAUCGGCCUUGCAACAACACAAAGUCCAGGAGCCACAUCCUAGUAGCGUCCUUGCUCCUAGUAGCGAUGCCAGGAGUGCUUUCUCCAGAAGUGGAACACCUUUCUAAAGCCUUUCUGGUGAACACUUGAUAUUCACUGUUUGUCAUCACCAAUCUUCGUUGGUGACUUUACGGUGUCGGCACUUUGGCUGUUUCUCUGAGGUUCCAAGCUGUCGUGAUCCUGCACUGCAUGAAGGGCAAUGCCUUCCCUGGCCGUGUCAGCAACCAGAAAGAGGCAGAAUGG